AUGAUACCUUUCAUUCGGCCAUAUAUUUUUCAUUCCCUCGUCCAGCCUUUACCGAAUCAUACUCUAUCCUACCGUUUAUUCUACCCCUGUCAACUAUGUGAUGUGAAAAGUGUAAUAGAGGACCCUGCUCCUGGCGAUGCAGCACCGACAACUUGGACUGAAACUGAUCCCACCAACGACGGCUGCAUCCAAUCGGGCAUUAAAAAGCUCUUUUGGACUGUGACACCUAACUGUAUGUAA